AAAUAACAAUGAAUAAAUAAUUAAACACAAAUAGCACAUUAGCCUUUUAUUAUAUUAUUGACACUUGUUGUGGUUCCAACAUGAGAUACUCCAGAGCAGGUUCGUCUUCUUCUACGCUGGAGUGAAGCACUGUUAGCCAUGCGCUCCCCCUAGUGGCUAAAUAGUGCUAUUACAUUUAAUAUUCAUGUGUGAGCAGGUGUUUGGAGGACGCUACCAAUUUACUUGUGCAACAAAUAUCAGUGGUCACAAAACCGUUUUUCCCCCUCACACAGGCUCAAGGAAAAUACAUUUAAAACAGUUGUAGGCACGUAUAACAUCAGUAUGUGGAGUAAAAGCAAGGAAUUCGAUUACAAUUUGACCGGAAGUAUCAUCCGGUCGAGCAAUAUGGAUGAGUCCUUUCGACGACAAUGAGGACGAGUGAAGCCAGUGAUGAAAUGCACACAUCCCCGUCCACGCACCUCCUCUCCCGACUUUUCUUCACGUCACCCCGCCCCGUCGGAUCCCUCCCCUCAAAACCCUCACAAUCAUUCCUGAUGAGAGCCACUCCGGGUUGGGAAGAAAAAAAAAAAAAAAACAGAGACACGCAGGCACCCCCUUUUUUUUUUUUUUUUUUUUACACAACAUCACCUAGACUACCUGCUCCAGCUCGGCAACAAGGAGAAGGAAGAGGAGUAGUAGGAGGAGGAACGUGCAAGUGCAAGGAGCAUCCAUGCGUUCCAUCCCGAAUCAGGCAGUUUUUAAAGGACAACAACACCGGGAAAAAAAAAAAAAAAGCUGGGAUGAGAGUUUAGCUUAAGGAACUCUUUGGUUCAAGACAGGAAGACAUGCAUCUCAAUAGAGAAGAAGACAACAGCAAAGGUUCCGUGUCUCUCAGUGUAUUCCUGGUGUCUUUGGCGUUCAUAGUCUGUACCCUUUGGCUCGUUGCUCUAUGUGGUGUCUGCACGUGGUGUCAGCGUAAACUGGGGAAGAGAAAUAAACCCGGGGUGGAGGCCGCCAACUCUCCCGAGUCUGUUCGAGGUCGAGGGGAAAAUAAAGCCAUCAAUGAGCUAGACAGAGACUUUUGGAAUAACAACGACAGCAGCAAUGUGCAGCAGAGAUGGAGCUCCUACCCGCCCAAGGAGUUUCUCUUAAACAUGUCUCCCUACGCCCCCUACGGGGACCCCCGACUAACACCCAAUGGGGCUGUGGAUAAGUGUGGGCAGGGCAGAGCUGGACCCUCGCCGGGGGCCAGCAACAGCACGGUCGGGGCAGGGACAGGGGCGGGGCCCAGUCGCAGUGACAGCGUUCGGAGCAUGGUGACCGGUGGCAGCAAGGCCGGGCGCUGGCAGACGGUCCAGAGCCACAUGCAUGCAGGAGGCCUGCGGUUUAGCAAUUUUGGGGACGCGUCCCUCUCAACUACCUCCACCCUGGAGCACAUCCCGUCCUCGGCUGUGGCGCGCCCCCGGCCCCUGGUCCGGCAGCAGAGCCUCCAGCAGCCCCUCACACACCAGCCCCCUCCGGGUCCUAACGACCCCCCUGUCACCUCGCAAAGCCUGGGCCAGCUGCACACAGGCCCAGGUGGUGGGGGCCACCGUGGGGGACCACGAGGGGUCCGGGGGAGUACGGCUGGGGCUUCCCGGUACAGAGGGGCGGGGGCGGGCCGGUCAAGGUCGAAUCCAGGCAGCUGGGACCACAUGAUGGAACAGAUCCGCCACAGGGGGCUGGACGUCAAGUCGUUCUUCGAAGGAAAGAUGGUCGUUCUGUCUCUGGCGAUCGGAUUGGCCGAACAGGAUGACUUCGCCAACCUCCCCGACCUACAGGAAGCACCGGCGAGCAAAGAGAACGAAACCACACCGGAGAAGCGGACCCCGGGUAACAAAGCAGGCAGCAGUCCCAGAGGUCACACCCCGGAUGAGAGCGGCCGCCGCCAGGGGACGGGUCACGACGCCAACUCAUCCGUGUCCGACUUGGCCAACUCGGUCACCAGUGAAAUGCUGAUGUUGUCUCCAGGCUCGGAAGAGGACGACCACGAGGGUCCGGUGUGUGAGAAGUUGGGCCGCAUUCAGUUCAGCGUGGGCUACAGCUUCCAGGACUCCACCCUCACGGUCAAAAUCCUCAAGGGCCAGGAUUUGCCCGCUAAGGACUUCUCCGGUACUUCUGAUCCUUUCGUCAAACUCUACCUGCUGCCUGACAAGAAGCACAAACUGGAGACCAAAGUCAAGAGGAAGAAUCUGAACCCGCACUGGAAUGAGACCUUUCUCUUCGAAGGGUUCCCCUUUGAGAAGGUGGUCCAGAGAACCCUAUACCUGCAGGUUCUGGAUUACGACCGCUUCAGCAGGAACGACCCCAUAGGUGAGGUGUCCAUCCCCCUCAACAAACUGGACCUGGCCAACAUGCAAACUUUCUGGAAGGAGCUGAAACCAUGCAGCGACGGCAGCGGGAGCCGAGGGGAUCUGUUGGUGUCUCUGUGCUACAAUCCCACCGCCAACACCAUCACUGUGAGCAUCGUGAAAGCCCGCAACCUCAAAGCCAUGGACAUCGGAGGCACUUCUGACCCGUACGUGAAAGUGUGGUUGAUGCACAAGGACAAGCGAGUGGAGAAGAAGAAGACGGUGGUCAUGAAGCGCUGCCUCAAUCCCGUCUUCAACGAGUCGUUUCCCUUCGACGUGCCGGCCCACGUGCUGAGGGAGACCACCAUCAUCAUCACCGUCAUGGACAAGGACAGGCUCAGUCGCAAUGAUGUCAUCGGAAAGAUUUACCUCUCCUGGAAGAGCGGCCCCGCCGAGGUAAAACACUGGAAAGACAUGAUGGGUCGCCCUCGCACUGCCGUGGCCCAGUGGCACGCACUCAAGGCCUGAGGGACCAAAUCCGACCCCCCCCCCCCACCCCCCCACCUGGGCUCCAGACGGUGUGCGUCACCUCUUUGUUCUCAGGCCUCUUUUACUCCUUAGAUAUCAGCCCUUGUCGAGGUGGGAGAUUAUGUUUGACCCUUGACCCCACCCCCUCUCAUGCCUUCGCCUUUACCUGUAUUUGAUGUCCACUCUCUUCCUCCUUGUUAUGGAAGCCCAUUUCCACAGCCGAGAGGAAAAAAAAUAUCCAGAGUAUCCCAAAAAAAAAUAUCCUAUUUGGCUGAGUUAUGAGAUAAAAUGUGGAAAUUAUGAGACGAAAAGUCAAAAUGAUGAGAUAAAAAGUCAUGAGAUUAAGAAAAAUAAUUAGGAGGAAAAAUUGCAAAUUAAAAAAGUAUAUAUUCUGAGCUAAAAAGUCAGUAAUUAAAAAAAAAUAAAAGAAAUCAAAAUUAUGAGGUAAAAAAAAUCAAAAUUGUGAAAAAAAUCAUAAUUAUGAAAUAAAAGUACAAAAUUGCAACCAAAAAA